UGUUGAUGCACAAAGAGUUGGUUGUUGAUUUCCCUCUGUCGUGCCUCUUUCUCAGUGCCAUCUCCAUGUACUACGAGCUGACCGAAAAUGACAUGGCCUUCAUUAAGCAGUGCAAGGAUGGAUCUGGUUUCCUCAUCAACCUGAUCGACUCUCCCGGCCACGUGGACUUCUCCUCCGAGGUCACGGCUGCUCUGCGUGUCACCGAUGGAGCUCUGGUUGUGGUGGACUGUGUCUCUGGUGUGUCCGUGCAGACAGAGACGGUGCUGAGACAGGCCAUCGCCGAGCGCAUUAAGCCCGUGCUGAUGAUGAAUAAGAUGGACCGGGCCCUGCUGGAGCUGCAGCUGGACCCUGAGGAGCUGUACCAAACCUUCCAGCGUAUCGUGGAGAACAUCAACGUCAUCAUCUCCACCUACGGAGAGGACGAGAGUGGACCCAUGGGUAACAUCAUGAUUGAUCCAGUGAUCGGUACUGUGGGUUUUGGAUCUGGUCUUCACGGCUGGGCUUUCACUCUGAAGCAGUUUGCGGAGAUGUAUGUGGCCAAGUUUACUGCUAAAGGUGAAGGUCAGCUGAGCCCAGCUGAACGCUGUAAGAAAGUGGAGGACAUGAUGAAGAAACUCUGGGGUGACAGGUAUUUUGACCCAGCCACCGGUAAAUUCAGCAAGUCUGCCAACGGCCCUGAUGGAAAGAAACUGCCCCGCACCUUCGCCCAGCUCAUCCUGGAUCCCAUCUUCAAGGUGUUCGAUGCCAUCAUGAACUUCAAGAAGGAGGAAACCGCCAAGCUGAUCGAGAAGCUGGACAUCAAGCUGGACACCGAGGACAAGGAUAAGGAAGGCAAGCAGCUGCUGAAGGCUGUGAUGCGUCGCUGGCUGCCCGCCGGAGAAGCUCUGCUUCAGAUGAUCACCAUCCACCUGCCCUCUCCCGUCACGGCCCAGAGGUACCGCUGCGAGCUGCUUUACGAAGGGCCUGGAGAUGAUGAAGCUGCCAUGGGUGUUAAGAACUGCGACCCUAAGGCUCCCCUCAUGAUGUACAUCUCAAAGAUGGUGCCGACCACAGAUAAGGGUCGUUUCUACGCUUUCGGCCGCGUGUUCUCUGGUGUCGUGUCCACUGGGCAGAAAGUGCGAAUCAUGGGACCAAACUUCACCCCUGGGAAGAAGGAGGAUCUUUACCUGAAACCCAUCCAGAGGACCAUUUUGAUGAUGGGUCGUUACGUGGAGCCCAUUGAAGAUGUGCCAUGUGGUAACAUCGUGGGUCUGGUAGGCGUGGACCAGUUUUUGGUGAAGACCGGGACCAUCACAACUUUCGAGCAUGCCCACAACAUGCGUGUGAUGAAGUUCAGCGUCAGCCCUGUGGUCAGAGUGGCGGUGGAAGCCAAGAACCCCGCCGACCUGCCCAAACUAGUGGAGGGACUCAAGCGCCUGGCCAAGUCUGACCCCAUGGUGCAGUGCAUCAUCGAGGAGUCCGGAGAGCACAUCAUCGCCGGCGCCGGAGAGCUUCACCUGGAAAUCUGCCUUAAAGAUCUGGAGGAGGACCACGCCUGCAUUCCACUGAAGAAAUCAGACCCCGUUGUGUCCUACAGAGAGACGGUCAGCGCAGAGUCAGACCAGAUGUGUUUGUCCAAGUCCCCCAACAAGCACAACCGUCUGUACAUGAAGGCCAGGCCAUUCCCCGACGGACUCGCUGAAGACAUCGACAAGGGCGACGUGACAUCCCGUCAGGAGCUCAAGGCCCGCGCUCGUUACCUGGCCGACAAAUACGAGUGGGAGGUCACAGAGGCCCGUAAGAUCUGGUGCUUUGGACCUGACGGAACCGGACCCAACCUCCUGGUGGACGUGACCAAAGGAGUGCAGUACCUGAACGAGAUCAAGGACAGCGUCGUGGCUGGAUUCCAGUGGGCCACUAAAGAGGGUGUGCUCUGCGAGGAGAACCUGCGUGCCGUUCGUUUCGACGUCCACGACGUGAGAAUCCACACAGACGCCGUCCACCGCGGAGGUGGCCAGAUCAUUCCCACGGCCCGCAGGGUCCUGUACGCCUGUCAGAUCACGGCUGAGCCCAGACUCAUGGAGCCCAUCUACCUGGUGGAGAUUCAGGUGUGAGCGUCUGUUCUCUUC